AUGGCAUCGUCGAUACCUGCACCAAAACCACUCAGUUUCACAGGAAAUGUCGCGGAGAACUGGAGAAAAUGGCUCCAGCAAUACAAGUUGUUUAUGGCCGCCACGGAGAAGAACAGGAAAUCGGAAAAGCUUCAGUGUGCAAUGUUCUUAACUUUAGCAGGAGAGACAGCGAUUGAAAUUUAUAAUACCUUUGCGUUUACAGAAAGUGAAAUCGACAAGAUUGAGCCUCUUAUUCAUAAGUUCGAGGCUUACUGUACGCCGAAGAAAAAUCUUACGUACGAGCGACAUGUAUUCCAUAGUCGAAAACAACACGUGGAUGAAACAUUCGAUCAUUUCCUAACAGAUCUUAAAAUGAUAAUACGAAAAUGUAGUUACGGGCAGUUAGCCGACGACUUACUGCGAGAUCAAAUCGUGGAAGGCAUCCAAAGCGACAAAGUACGGGCAAGACUCUUACGCGAAAGUGAACUUGACCUGCAAAAAUGCAUUGAUAUUUGUAGAGCAGACGAAGCGGCCACCGCUCGAAUGAAAUCGUUGUCAAACACAUGUGAUCUCAACAACGUUGAUCAAGUGAAUAGUAGUCGCGGAAAUACGCGAGGCAACCCAAGCAGCAGCAUGGACAAAUCGAAAUUUGAAACCAAGAAACGAGACCCCCCAUCUACUUGUAGCAGGUGUGGUUAUACACAUGGAUCAAGAUCCUGCCCGGCGAAUGGCAGAAUCUGUCAUAACUGCGGCAGAUUUAAUCAUUUUCAGAAAAUGUGUCGAAGUGAAAAACCUAAGACCAAAGUGGAAACAGUCGAGCAGCAACAAACUUCAGUAAUGUCUGACGAGGAUUUUAUUGUGGAUGCAGUGAAAUCAACAACAAAUAUUAAGGACCCCCAAAAUGUAUGGAUCACUCCCUUGCUAGUGCAUAACACUAUUAUUCCUCUAAAGCUGGACACUGGUUCUGAUGUAAACAUCCUGAGCUUCAACGAUUUCAAAACUUUGAAAGAUCAACCCAAGUUACUGCCAACUAAAGUCAAGUUGACUGCAUAUGAAGGCAGUGAGAUUCCUACGAAAGGCGAGUGUAUUUUAAGAGUGCAUGCCAACAGUCAUAGUUAUUAUCUAAAAUUUAUUAUCAGCCCUCAAGAUGUCACACCAAUACUAGGAUUAAAAAGCUGUGAAAAAAUGGGACUUAUACAACGAAUCCUUAAAAUAUCUUUGAAUCCACCACAAGGUCCUAUGUAGACACACCUACAGUCAAACAACCAAAUGGUGAUCCAAUAUUUUCUGAUUAUGCGGAUGUAUUUACUGGUCUUGGGGACUUACCUGGUCAAGUGCAUAUUCAGUUGACCCCAAAUGCAAUACCAAGAAUUGAUGCCUGUCGACGAAUACCUUUUCCACUUCAGCAACAAGUUAAAGACGAACUAGACCGCAUGGAACGGAUGAAAGUUAUUGAAAAAGUUGAACGACCCACACAGUGGGUUAAUUCAAUGGUUGUUGUGCACAAACCUAAUGGUGCUUUAAGAAUCUGUAUGGACCCGAAGAAUUUAAAUAAGUCCAUUAUGAGAGAACACUAUAAACUCCCCACCAGAGAAGAAGUUAUGUCCAGAUUUGCAGGUGCUACAGUGUUUUCCAAACUUGAUGCUUCAAGUGGAUUUUGGCAAUUAAACUUGGACAAUGAAAGUUCAGACCUGUGUACGUUCAACACACAGUUUGGUAGAUAUCGUUAUUUACGUCUUCCUUUUGGUAUUUCCAGUGCACCAGAAAUAUACCACCGCACAAUUCACCAAAUGUUUGAACAUGUUGAUGGAGUUGACACAUCAAUGGAUGACAUAAUUAUAUGGGGAUCCAAUGUGGAAGAACAUGAUCAGCGCCUCCACCAAGUUUUACAAGUUGCACGGCAAAACAAUCUAAAACUACGCAUGGAGAAAUGUGAAAUCCGAGUUCAAGAGCUUACUUUCUUGGGGGAUACAAUCUCAGUUGAUGGAAUUAAACCAGAUCAACGUAAGGUACAAGCAAUAAACAAUAUGGAAAAACCAACCAACAGAAAGGAACUACAAUGUUUUUUGGGGAUGGUAAAUUAUCUGGCGAGAUUCCUGCCUAAUCUCUCAGUUAAAACCGAGCCUUUGAGAAAGCUUUUAGAACAAAAGAAUCGAUGGGAAUGGCAUCAUGAACAUGACAACGCAUUUGAAGAACUGAAAAACCUAGUGUGUAGUGAACCAGUAUUAGCUAUGUAUAAUCCAAAACAACCUAUUAGAAUUUCCACGGACGCUAGCCGAAGUGGCCUGGGUGCUGUGUUAGAGCAGCAAACUGAUGGACACUGGUUACCUGUUGCAUAUCAUUCAAGAGCAGUAACUGAUGCAGAAAGUCGUUACGCAGUAAUCGAGUUGGAAACACUAGCAAUAGCCACAGCUUGUGAAAGGUUCCAUCAAUAUAUCUAUGGACAACAAGUAGAGAUCAACACAGACCAUAAACCCUUGGUUGCCAUAUUUUCAAAACCAUUAAAUGAUUGCCCCCCUCGUAUUGAGAGACUGCGCCUGAGAUUACAAAGAUAUGACUUGCACCUCACUUACGUCCCAGGUAAAGAGAACUACACAGCUGACACUUUAUCUAGAUUACCCAACCAAGCUAAAGUUUACAGCAUUACAGAAGCUGAUGUACAAGUCCAUGUUGAGGGAAUAAUGGCUACAACUUUAGUAUCGGACCGAAAGAAAACAGAAAUCAAGCAUGAAAUGGAGCAAGAUACUUCGAUGCAAAAGCUAAUCAAAGUAAUCCAAGCCGGAUGGCCAGAUGAACGUCAAGCUUGCUCAGGUGAACUCCAAGCAUAUUGGAACUAUAGAGAUGAACUCUGUAUUCAUGAAGGACUCAUCUACAAAGGUAAACGCAUAAUUAUCCCCUUAAAAUUAAGAAAAGAAGUUUUAUCCCAGAUUCAUGCAGGUCAUAUGGGCCAUGAAAAGUGUAAAAGAAGGGCUAGACAAGUUGUUUUCUGGCCUGGUAUGAACCAUGAGAUAGAUACAUUGGUGAACCAAUGUGAAGCAUGCCAAAAACACCAGCAUCAACAUCCUGUAGAACCCCUUAAACCACACCUAGUUCCAAAUCGACCAUGGCAAAAAGUGGCAACUGACCUAUUUGAGCUGAACAAUCAGCAUUAUAUUGUUAUUGUUGAUGCCUACUCCAACUACCCCGAGGUGCAGGAAUUGACUAGUCAGUCAAGUAAAUCUGUAAUCAAUGCCAUGAAAACAGUAUUUGCUCGAUUAGGCAUUCCCGAAGAGGUCCUUAGUGAUAAUGGACCUUGUUAUAGCAGUGCUGAGUUUGCCUCAUUUGCUAAACAAUGGGAUUUUAAUCACAUAACUAGUAGCCCAGGAUUUCCCCAGUCCAACGGAUUAGCAGAACGGACAGUUCAAACUGUAAAAAACAUCAUAAGUAAAUCGAUUGAAAGCAAAGAAGAUUAUCAAAUGGGACUACUUGUAUAUAGGGAUACACCUCUUGCUAAUGGGUUCACACCAGCAGAGUUGCUAAUGGGUAGGAAAAUACGCAGCAAUCUCCCUAUCACAGGAUUAACUCUAAAUCCAGCAACGCCACCCAAUGUUAAAGACAUAAAAGAGCAGGAAAAAAACAAUCAAAAACUCUAUCAUGAUCAGCAUGCAGAGAAACUCUCAGUACUAAUUCCAGGAGAUCGUGUCAGAGUAAGACAGGAUGCGAAACCCCACUGGAAAGACAAAGGUACAUUCUAUACUAAUUCCAUUAAUGCUAAUCUUGAUAAUCCAAAAAAUCUCUGGAAAAUAAUUCGUAAUCUUGCUCCUUCCAAUCACUCUAACUCUCCUAACCAUUUGACUAUUGAUGGUAAGACAUUGACUAAUCCUAAAGAUAUCGCCGAUUCAUUUAAUGAUCAUUUUACUAACAUACGAAACUCUGUUUCGCUUAACAGCUUCACUAAUAAUUCAAAUUGGGACUACCUUUCUAAUUUUCUUUCUUCUAAAAUUCCUCCAAAUACAACCUUUACUAUCCCCCCAAUAUCUGAAAGUUUUGUUCGAAACAGCCUCAAUCAUCUGCCUGAAACUAAAGCCGCUGGUUUAGAUAGAAUUGGUGGAUAUUUUCUUAAAAUAGCUGCAACAGCUAUUUCACCUGCUCUGACAAAGAUAUAUAAUCUCAGUAUUAAUUCGGCUAGUUUUCCUGACUUGUGGAAAAUUGCAAAGGUUUCACCUCUUUUCAAAUCGGGUUCACUUUUUGACCGUUCCAACUUUCGCCCUAUCUCAGUUUUGGCCGUUAUCUCUAAGAUACUUGAACGCCAUGUUCAUAAUUCUUUUUAUCACUUCCUAACUGAGUAUAAUCUUCUUGUUGAAAAUCAGUUUGGGUUUAGAACAUCUCGCUCAUGUGAAUUAGCAGUCACUCAUCUUACUGAUAAAAUUUUAACUAAUAUUGAUAACAAAAAAUUAAAUGGACUUCUUCUUGUUGAUUUCAAAAAGGCUUUUGAUCUUGUUGAUCAUGAAAUCCUAAUUCUGAAACUUAGAAUGUUCGGAUGUUCUCCAUUAGUAUUGAAAUGGUUUACGUCAUAUCUUAGUGAUCGUUAUCAACGCACUUAUUUCAAAAACACAUUAUCCGAUAUGCGUCCUGUUAAAAUAGGUGUUCCUCAAGGAAGUAUUCUUGGCCCCCUUCUUUUUAUCUUAUUUAUCAAUGAUCUCCCUUCUCAACUUUCACAUUCAGAAUCCACAAUGUUUGCAGAUGACACCACCGUUCUAACAGAAGGUUCUUCCAUUCAUGAUUUAAAUGUGAAACUUAACCUUGUUGCUCAAGAUCUCUCAACAUGGACUCAACAAAACCGAAUGGUGACUAAUACAUUGAAAACCAAGACCAUGCUCAUUCAUUCUCCCCAACAACUUAAGAAUACUUCAGACCGUUCUCUAUCAGUUACUCUUAAUGGCAACAUACUUGCACAG